AGAGACGAGGGUACUCAGGGGACGGAGUCGCCGACGAGCAUAGUCCAAAAAUUGACUCGUAGCCUCAGGAUUCCGUGGCGAGAAGCGGUCCGAGAUCCGCACGCAAGAUCGAUCUCGCGCGUUGAUUGUUUCUCACUUUUCCAAGUAUAAUGGCUGCGCUCGAAUGAGACGCGGAUCCUUACCUUCCUCCCGUCGCACACCAGGCACAAGCUGGUUCCGGGCUUGUCCAAAAUUCUAGUGCUCGCAGCCGCUUCAAAUGACCGAACGUAUCCGCAUUGUCACCGGAAGCGUCGACGUAGCAGCGAAACACCAUUCCGUCGUGGUACUCGGUGAUGCUUCGCGUACCGCUGAGAUCGCGUCAACGAAACCUGCCACUGCCGGCCGAGGAAUAGCGCGCGUGAACGCGAAGGGAGCAAGAUAGAGAAAUUUCCCGGGUGAAUCCUGCAAACGUCUCUUUACGCACGUGUCGUGGCGAGAAGACGAUCGAGGACUCGACUGACUGCCCGUCCUCAGGAGGGGAAGGGUCAGUGAUGAGGAAUCGAUGAAGGAUUAAUUGGCAUGGCCACGCGACUCAGCCCCCGAAAUUCGGAGGUGAACGCUCUUGAGCAGCGGGGCUAUCUCAUAGGCAAGAAGAUCGGACAGGGUUCUUACGCGACCGUCCAUCUAGCAGAGUAUAUCGAUGGAGCGAGUUCUAAGAAGAUGCGUCUGGCCUGUAAGAUUUUCGAUAAGGAGAAAGCGCCAAACGACUUCUUGGACAAGUUCUUUCCCCGCGAGCUUGAAAUCCUAACGAAGAUAGAAAAUCCGCAUAUCAUUCAAGUGCACAGCAUCCUGCAGCGCGGCCCGCGCGUCUUCAUCUUCAUGCGCUACGCCGACAAUGGCGAUCUCCUGGACUUCGUGCAGACCAACGGCAUGGUGCCGGAACAACAGUCGCGAUUGUGGUUUCGUCAGAUGGCGUCCGGCUUGCACUACCUGCAUAGCAAGAACAUCGCCCACCGGGAUCUCAAGUGCGAGAACAUACUACUCUCGCGGAAGUUCAAUGUGAAACUGGCGGACUUCGGUUUUGCCAGGUUCUGCAUGGACCACGAGGGCAGGCGGGUCCUAAGCCAGACGUACUGCGGCUCGGCGGCUUACGCCGCGCCGGAGGUCGUCGCCGGCACUCCGUACAAUCCGAAAUUGGCGGACGUGUGGUCGCUCGGCAUCAUCCUCUUUAUCAUGCUGAACGCGACGAUGCCGUUCGACGACGAAAAUCUGCGGAAGCUCCUCAAGGACCAGAUGUCGCGCAACUGGGUAUUCAGGUCCCGUGUCCGCGACACCGUGUCCGCGCUGGCGAAGAACAUCGUCCGGCAGAUCCUCGAGCCGGACAUCACUCUUAGGCUUACGCUCGAGAGGGUGCUGGGCCACGAGUGGGUGAGAGCGAGGAAGGAUAGAACGGGCUCCCUCGUCGGAAGACUCGUCCACUCAGCACCGCCUAGUCAUACUCCGAUGUGCGGAGGCGGUAAUCUGGGCGGGUCGGGAAUCGGAAACGUACCUGUCGUAACGAGGGCACUACCUGCAUUGAAAAAUUCGGACAAUAAGAAUCAACCGUCCUCGAAGACGGUAAAUACCUCGGGGAAAGAUCAGCAAUUGCCUAUCACCGUGGGAUAAGAAGACACGCGAAGAGAAUUAAUCACACAUCGACAAGCUAUACAAUUGAAAAUACAAGAGAUUGCAGACUAAAAAUGUCAAACAAUUAUUUUCGAAAACAUUUACACUUGUCUUUACGAAUAUUUUUUCUUAAUUUCCUAUUGGAUUGCACGACCAAUGCAAACUUACAUGGAUGUUGAUAACGUAUUAUUGUUGCUUAAUAAAGUCCAUAAUAUUGCAAUUUGAUGUAAAUUACCUGUCAAAAGUAACACGAGGGAAAUUUAAUCAAUUAACGUUAAAUGUUAUUUAAUAAAAUCAAUUUUCACUUUUUUUCUAUAAAUUGUCGAAU